GUGUGUCAAUCAAAGGUAAUAAGCGAUGGUAGAGCAAGAGCAUUGUAUAUGUGUUGCACUCUCUCACACAUAUUUUUCACCGUACUUGUCCCAAGUCCCGUCUUCGUUGUACACCAAUACAUUGACACAUACGCCAGCAAAAAUUCAUGGCAUAAAUUUUCUUCACGUUCACACCAGUGCAUCGCGUAUGGUUAAAGUUGUUUGUACGCAUUAUUUCGAUUUACCUUUUCAUUAGUGUAUCGGUCGGAGUUCCGAAAAGUAAAUAAGUGAACGCCUAAGAAAUCAAACAAUCAAAUUCUGAUUUUAUUAUUGUGCGAAGAAAGUCGAACGAAAAGCGUUUGCGUUUUGUCAUUCGCAAGUGAGUUUGUUGUGAGAAAAAAAGAGUCAAAUUAACGUGAUAGAAAAACUUGAUGAGUGAGAAAAUGCCGUAUUUAAAAGAGGAUGAAAUUGUAAUCAACGCAAAAACGGCGACCACGGCUACGUCCAAUUCAAGUGCAUCCGACGUUGACGAUGCAGAAGAAUCACUUUUUGAGAACAAGGCUCAAGAGCUAAUCUCAACCGAAGAGGAUAACGAUGACGAUGAAGCCACCAAUUCAUCUGUAUCCAGCUAUGCAUCGACCGAUUCACCGUCACGCAAACGAAAACAUUUUGAUCCCGAUGCGGUGAUUGCAACCGCACUCAACUAUCUCAGCACAAAUGAACCAGCUCGUGAUGAACUGUGGCAGUUCAUGAGCUAUUUGCAUACGGUGCUAAAAAAUCUACCGCCACAUUUACAACUUGAACUCAAGCAUAAGAUCCAGAAGGCAAUGUACGAAGUGGAAAAACAAGAUCUCGAUAAAACUGACGAACGCCAUGCCACCGAAAAAAAUGAUGUCGUACCUGAUCAAUGAACAUUGCAAUUCAAUGCACAGCACAUUAUGAAACGACAGUAACAUGAGAAAAAAGCAGCAGCAGCAUCAGCAGCAGCAGCAGCAACAACAACCAAUCGAGUCAGUGAAAAACAACAACAAAAAAUCUUUAAACUAAAAUCGAUGUGUAAUAAGAGAAAAAAAAGAAGGAGAAGAAGAAAACAAACUGAAUACUUGUAGAAUGAGCUAGGUUAAAUAGAGACAGUCCAAUUAUUACAAAACCGAAGCAUAGCCAUAAGUCAUAUUCAUCAAUUAAAUAACAAUUCACGUGACUGCAAAGUAAUUUAUUUGUGGCAAUCUCAUUCAUUGAUACGUGUACUUGAUAGACGCAAGUCAACAUACCCCAUUGAGGCAGACGAGAAAAUGAAGAAACAAAAAUUAUUAUAGAUGAUUAUAAAUAUGUGUGUGUCGCAAGUGUGAAGGAUAAACACAAAAGUAUUAUUUUUUUCGGAUACUUUUUUUUUGUAACAAACCGACAAUGCAAUUAGCUCAAUUUUUGGACCAUUUUUUAUAGUUUAUAAAUCUUGUAAUUGUAUUUUUAGCAUACACAUUUUUCGGAAGGCAAAUUUUGUUCAUUUUUUUCUCUUUGGGUUUUAUUCCUUCAAUUUGAAAUGAAAUAUUUUGCACUUUUUUUUAGAUAUUUAGUUAACAACGAACAAAAUCCAUUCAACUCACACAGCUUCAAUGCAUGCAAUCGCUCGUGAUCUUUGAUGAUGCCGUUUGGGGUCAUUUUAAUUUAGAGAAAUUCAGCCAGUAUUUCGAUUGAAUCGAUUUUGUUUGUUCGUUUCAGCCACAAAUAUGAUAUCUUCCGUUUAUUUUAUUUUAUUUUUUUUGUAAUGUAAAUUGAAUGGCAGUUUUUUUUCUCUCUCUUUCAUUUAUCGCUCAGAGAAAACAAAGAUCAACUUUUGUGUAAGAAAAAUAUAUUUUUAUUAUAAAAAAAAGAUAAAAUUUUAUCUAUACAAAUAAAUUUUCAUUUUGAAAAGAACAAA